GAGCGGGCGCGAGAGCAUGGAGCGCCCUCCGCGCGCCCGGGAGGCCGUCCCCGCCGCCGCCGCGCUCUUCGCCUGGGGUGCAAACAGCUAUGGGCAACUUGGCCUUGGACAUAAGGAAGAUGUGCUUCUCCCCCAGCGGCUGAAUGACUUCUGUAAACCUGAGUGUGUCAAGAGGAUCACAGGCGGAGGGGGCCACUCUGCACUUGUCACAGAUGUCGGAGGUCUUUUUGUCUGUGGCCUGAACAAAGAUGGGCAGCUGGGGCUUGGCCACACAGAGGAGGUUCUGUGCUUUACCAUCUGCAAGCCCCUCCUUGGUUGCCCCAUCCAGCAGGUGGCUUGUGGCUGGGAUUUUACCAUUAUGCUCACAGAGGAAGGCCGAGUCCUGUCGUGUGGAUCCAAUGCCUUUGGCCAGUUAGGAGUCCCUCACGGACCUCAAAGAUGUGUGGUUCCCCAGACUGUUGAGCUCCUGAGAGAGAAGGUGGUUUGUGUUGCUGCUGGACUGAGGCAUGCGUUAGCCGCUACAGUGAGUGGCAUCGUGUUCCAGUGGGGGACAGGUUUGGCAUCACCUGGACGACGCUUGUGUCCUGGGCAGACGCUCCCAUUGUUUAUCACUGCAAAGGAACCAAGCAGAGUGACGGGCCUGGACAAUUCCACAGCAGUGAUUGUUGCUGCUGGAUCUGGUCACUCAGUGUCAUUGUCAGAUGCAGGAGAGCUGCAUGUCUGGGGCAGUAACAAGCACGGGCAACUGGCCUGCCAGGCUGCUUUCCUUCCUGUGCCCCAGAAAAUAGAAGCAUGCUCUUUUCAGAAUGAAAAGGUCACUGCCAUCUGGAGCGGGUGGACGCACCUAGUUGCUCAGACAGAAACUGGGAAAGUGUUUACCUGGGGACGAGCAGACUAUGGUCAACUCGGGAGGAAGUUGGACUGCCAGGAAGGCCAGAAGCUAGACCAGCAGGACCCCUCCCUCCCCUCCUGUAGACCCAAGGACAGUACACCUUCGCCUCUGCACGGCCUGACGGGAGCAGCCGAGGUUUCUUGUGGCUCAGAGCAUAAUUUGGCAGUAAUUGGCGGAGUGUGCUGCUCCUGGGGCUGGAACGAGCACGGCAUGUGCGGCGACGGCACCGACGCCAGCGUCUGGGCCCCGAAGCCCGUGCAGGCUCUGUGGUCUCCAGGAAGACUCCUCGUGGGCUGCGGGGCCGGCCACUCGCUGGCCCUCUGUCAGCUUCCAGAACACCUUGCGCUGGGCCAGGAUCCCAAGGUCAUCCGCCCAUCUCCUCGUGCCACAGAGCACACUGAAUCUCAGGACAUCACGGAGAGAAACUGGAAGGAGGGAGAACCAGGGACAUCCACCCAAAGCCACUGUGACAGAUCCAGAAAUGGGACUUUGAUGGAGAACCUUUAAUAAAGUGGCUGUCCCAC